CAACUCCGCGACUGAUGCUACUUCCGGGCGUUCCUUGUUUCCGUUUCAGUACAUGGUAUCUGGUAUAUAUUCUGGAACAGUUUGUCUCUCACGCCUCCGUCAAACAACUAUGGUUCCUUCGCGAAGACGCCGCAGCCGCCGCUCUCACACGAUUGAAGAGUUAUUUUCUGCGGACAUCCUCAACUUUAGCGACUUUUCUGUCCGGGAAAUCUACAAUGCCUUUCAGCAAUUUCCCAACUUACUCUCGCGCGGAUUCGCGAUGCUCGAUCUCUAUGCUGCUGAUCAAGAAGUAUAUUCGGAUCCAUAUUAUCGCGCCAUCAUGGAUCUUCUGAAGAAUACGCGGCUCCAAAGUAUCGGAUGCGCCGAUAUGUCUGUGUCACCCAAUGAGGUUGGCGUAUGGCGAGGCACUUUUCUUAACGUCACGAAUCUUGACUUGCUUCGCGUAACCUGUAGCACGGUCCAGUAUCAAAUUAUGUUGGACUCUGUACCGAACCUGGAAUCUUUUUGGACAGAAGAAAUGCACAUUACUACCUUGGCACAAUGGGUUAAUUACAGUGAAUUUGACGCCAUGGUCGAGAGACCGGAACAGUGGGGGAUGAUCGGGCGAGAGCAGAAAGGCGUUCAGCUGUCCGAGCCCACAUUAACCAUAAUUACACUCGAUGAUGAGGUGUUGGCGACCCGGUUUGCUAGUCGACAAUCCCCAUGUCGGACGAGUGGGUUGAGCUCACUAUUCUACCAGGGCAACAAUAGCGAACGGAUGACUGUGUCCCUCUCUGUUCUUUUGGCGCUCGAUAGAAAUGGGGUAGAGUUUGUUUGCAAUGGAUAUAACUCAGAAAGCCGGAUUCCCCCACUUAUAAUCCCUUCGAAGUACAUCUCUGUUUUCGAUUGCGUUUUUGAAUUGGAAGAUGACUAUAGGACCGUUCAUCCCCUCGAAUGGCUCACCAGAUCGUUCAGCAUGGUGACGACUCCGACGCAGAUUCAAACAUUGAUUAUUACGAUGGAUCCAUGUAGCGACAUCGACGAAUCUACACCACCUCCAGAUCGGGAUGAUCCGAUCGUAGGGAUGUGGAACGAGCUGGACGAAGCACUUUGUCGUUGGCAGGUCUCGUUUCGUGCGUUGGUCUUCAAGCCUGGAACCCCAGACGCUGCGUUGUGGAGCAGAAUCGUUCAGUGGCUGGGAGACGUCUGUCUCCCAAAAGUUAAAAGAAGGUAUGAGGAAAUGGGACCAAUGCAUUUUCAGGUGAGACCGUUUGGGUACAUAUGAAAGAGUCGUAGCAAGAGGAGAUGGGCGCCACCGGGAAGUUGAGUGGCC